ACUGAUGAUAAUUAUCAAUGCAGAGUGUCCUAUGAGAGAGAUACAAAGAUUGUGAAUGCUGCAUCAUUCACUGUCGAACGCGAGGAUCACACUGUAGGCAAUAUCCUCCGCAUGCAGUUGCACAGAGACCCAAAUGUUCUCUUUGCCGGGUAUAAGCUCCCUCACCCACUCCAGUACAAGAUCAUUGUUAGGAUCCACACAACGAGCCAGUCCUCCCCGACGCAGGCCUACACCCAGGCUAUCAAUGGUCUAGACAAAGAGCUUGAGUACCUUAAGCAAGCUUUUGAGGAUGAGAAGAACAGGUACGAGGACAGGAUGAAGCAGGGGUUCUAGAUGAAUGGAAUGGUGUGGGAGAUAAACUUCCCGUGUUAGUUUUAUCCUAGGCGAGUCAACAAUGAAUUGAACGCCCAAGGAUUGUGAAUGUCUGAUCCCUGAACUGAGGUUGCUUGCUGUCCUUUUACUGUCAUGCUUGUGUCAAUAUCGUAUUAUUGCAAACACACCAAUGGAGUUUUA